UCUGCAGCCCAUUUUUGAGAAUUCCGCGCCGAAUGAGAAGUGCCACGCCAAUUAGAAAUUCUAGGAACGUUCUUUUCAAUCAUAACAUGUUGAAUUCGUGUGCUUGUUCCCUUCUUUUAGUGGACAACCCAGCGUUCUAUGACAGCGAAUCCGGCCUGUGCUCUAAGGAAGAUGUUUAUCAAAAGAAACAGAGCACGUGGUCCAGCGACGACAGCCCUUGUAAGAAGAAGCAAUGCAACGGAAGGCUAGUCCUGUUGAUGGUUGCUAUCUGCCUCCUGUUAGCUGUGCUCAUGGCCAUGGUCACGGCCGUCAUUUAUUUAGCAGUUGGAGAAGUUCGAACUACUUGGCAAGACGAAACAGAAUUUCAAGAAAUGGAAGAAGGUAUCACCUUGGUUGAAGGUCACUUGCGCAUCACCAACAGAGUCUUCACAAAAGAUCUUUUACAACCGCACAGUGAAGCAUUCCGGAAAUUAGCUUUGCAAAUCACACAUUCAAUGGAUACAGUAUUCCUCCAUUCUCUUGAGUAUUACAACGAAACGAGGGUUCUAAGUUAUAAGGAAGGAAGCGUGAUUGCUCAGUGCCAUAUUCACUUCUCGAAGCCCCGAAUGGAUGCCACGCACCAGGUGGGGAUGGCAGUCGUCCAGGCCCUCGAGAGGCACCAUGGAUACCUGCCCGGAGGACUGUUGCAGGUAGACAUCCGAUCUUUGCACUUUACAGGUCUUCCUGGUUCGGGCAGUGAAGUUGUUUCUAGUGAGCAGGCGAUAGUAAAAGACGACUCAGAGACCUCAGCACCCAUCGCUGUGGUGCCGACUACGACGACCGAAGCUGCGCCUUCUGACUGCGGAGGCGAGUGCGAGGAGGGUCAGGUGUGCCUCUUCCUGCCGCAAACCCCCUUUUCUCGGUGCUUGGUGCCUCGGGACGCCCACGAUCCCACUGGAUGCGGAGGUUGGUGCAUGAGCGAACAUCAGCUCUGCAGGAGAUUGGGCAACUCCACCUUCCAGUGCACGGACAACUUGGCAUCGUGCAAAAUAGGCGAGUGGAAAUGCGACAAUGGCUUGUGCAUAGAAUCCAAGAAACGAUGCAACGGACGAGUCGACUGUUACGAUAUGUCAGAUGAGUUAGACUGUGAAUGUGGGGAAGGGAUGUUCCGUUGUGGAAACAGCACCCCAUGCUUACCUGAGAAGCUCAGAUGUGAUGGCCAUGUUGACUGCUGGGAUGCCAGCGACGAAGUCAAUUGCACAAAGAGUUGUGGGGAGAACAAAUUCACGUGCAACGACGGACGCUGCAUCCAGAUGUCUCUGUUCUGUGAUCGCUAUCCGGACUGCCCGGACGGGUCAGACGAGCCGGAGGGGUGCAGCGAGUCUUGCCUUCAGACCCAGAAGCAGUGCCAGAAUGGACGUUGCGUCGGACUCGCGUUGUGGUGCAACGGAAAUGAUGAUUGCAAGGAUGGCUCGGAUGAAAUGGGAUGCGUGAGCACGUGAUCGAUGUGGCUGCUUUCUUCCAAAAGUUGUCCGUUCACAGAAAAGAAAAUAGAAUUGAAGAUGACCCAAAUGGCCGAGUGACUGCAAUAGCAAUGAUCAUGUUACAUUCACUUUUAUUUCAAACCUGUACAUUCACUGAUUUUGCAAAUGGUAGAUUAUUAGUGAUAUUGCUUAUGGUACAACAGCAAUCAUUUUUUUUUCUCAGAUACACUUUUUAAGUCUUGCUCAUUUUCACAAUGAUAUAAAUUCUAAUUUAUAUAACAAAAUCAGUCACGUUAUUAAUAAUUUAAGUAUAUGACAAGUCUGAUUAAGUAUAUAUAUUUUAAUUUCAGGGACUCCUCAGUUAACGAUCGAAUUUCGUUCUCACGACCUGAUCUACACGUAUUUAACGUUCAAGUAUUUAUUUAAAAGAUAAUGAAAAUAAGUUUCAAUUUUUAAAUUUGGUUGCAUUAUGAGAAUUUAAAUAAUAAUUGCCUCAUAAAUAAUAGACAAAAUAUUCUGAAUAGAAAUAAUAAAAACCCAAAUAGUAAAGAUUAAUAUGUGGAAGUUUCUUAUCUGGCUGCUUACUGGCCACAGUGAUAAAAUAAUAAUCAAUAACCAUGAAAAUCGCAAAGUUGCUCUCAGCAUAACCUGUAAAAAAAAUCCUUUCAGCAAGCUGGAAGGCAAAGGUAGAUUUCUUUACGUCCAUGUUACUAUCUGACAACACAAAUUGUUGAGGUUGGAAAUAUUCAAACGUAGGACUUGAAAAUCACUUUUCAGCUCCUGACUUCUAAUAUAUUGCUUUUAUCGAAAAAUCUUAAAUACAAAAAUCAUUCAGCUUAAUGAAGCGCUAAUUUAACUAAUUGGAUUUAUUUUUCUAUCUUCAAUAUUAAGAAAGUUAUAGCGAAAUGAAAAUUUCAACUCCUCGCCAUUUCCAUCUCCUUUGAGCUGGAGAAGCCAUUUACGAACUCGUCCGAGAUUUUUACAUUUCUAACAACAUAUUCCAAGCCAGUUAAAAUACAAACUAAAUUACUCUAGUUAUUCUGUUUAUAAGAUAACACAGGUAAAAUUUUAUACACAUACAUAUACUAUAAAUGUUGAACGAAAAGUGGUUUUAAUUUUAGAGAUCAUGGAUCAGUGAAGAACUGAAGCAAUUUUCCCGAAGUUUUAUCAUGAGAACCAAAGCGUAAUCUUCCUAUAAGAAUCUACCUAAAAUUCGGAAGCUUGUACAAUUCUUAAAAUGAUAGUGGUUAAAUGAGGAGUACCUGAGUUGGGUCUAAAAGUGCUUAUAUAACCACUGAGAAAAAUGAUGUAAAUUUUCUACUUUUAAUUAGUGAACUGUAUUAUAGUUUCGGUGAAUUUAUCUAGAUCUUAUAUCUAUUGUAUUGUUAAUAACUGACAAUUUGUUUCCUUAGGAAUACUUUAGGACAUUUAUCUGCCUUAGCUUAUUACUUUUUUUUUCUUCCAUGUGAACGGACUACACAUUCUCAAUGGGCAUUUAUUUUCAUAUUUGUUUGCGAUCAAUGGCAUUAACCUUUCAUCAAAUUUCUCAACAACUUGUUGAAAAACUUCGAAACUUUUAAGUAUAUAGAAUUUAGAAAUUUAAUUUUGCCUCAAUAAUUAUUUAGUUAGUUCUUCCGAAAUUUAAAGAAUUGAAUUUUGGCAAAAGUUUUUCAAAUAUAUUAUUUCUGAUUUGAAAUUUUCAUUAAUGGCUAGCAAUUUACCUCUAAAUGUUAACAUUCUUUUAAAAAAGGGCAGUUGUAUAAAAAAAUUCAUUUAGAAGCCCUAUUAUUAAAAAAAAUUUCCAUAGCCCCCGUUCUCUUAACAUAUUAUAAGAAAAUAUUUAAUUAAAAAAACCACUUAUUUACUUUUCGUUUACAAUUAGAAAAAUCGUAAAUAAAUAAAAGGCUUAACAAGCAAUUUUCACUCUCUUAGUAAUACUGGCAAAGCAGUCGUCAAUUAUUUAUUACUUAGACUUGUUGAUUAUUAACUUUUAAAAGCUCAUAUAUAUUUUUAAAUGGAGUAUUUUCCAAAAUAAGAUUGAAUUAGUGAGUUCUGUUUAAUGAAAGAAUUUUAAUGAUAGUUUUGAAAAUGAAUGAAAAAACCGUUAAAUAGUUCUUAUAAAUUUCUUAGCAUUCUUUUCUGGUAGAAUGAAGAAUGCGAAAAAUUACCACAAAUAAAGUUUUUUUUUUUUUUAAAUUGUUGUCCGAAAAAUCACCACAAAAUGAAGUUGUGGUGAUUUUUUAAUUCUUAUCAGUUGAUUGAUAUAUUAAAUCUCAAAUCAAUCGAAAAAAGCUUUGAUAUUAGCACUUGCCAAAAAUGAAUAAAUUAUCAUAAUCUUUUAAAAACUUUUUUUUAAAAAAAAUGCUUAGAAAAGGAGGUAAAAAAAGGUUUCAACUUUUCUAUUUUCCCAAAAUGAUACUUAUUUCAAGAUUAUUUCUUCAUAGAAUUUAUCGUUUAAAGUCAUUUCAAAUGAUUCAGAUCUAUCAUAUAUCUUGUGUUAAACACAAGGGUUGUUAUCUAUUUUAAUGUCCCCCUUGAGUUUUUCGCCAAUAUAGUAACCAAAACAAAAGAGCAGAGUUAUUCUUCUAGCAAUCUUACGGACAAUAUUGUUUACCUUGUCAACCAUCUUGAUAUUUUUGACACUAUGGGAAUAUUGGCAUUCUCGACGACAUGAAAGGGCACAUUAAAGUCUAUUUCAAUCCAUAUUUUGUGGGCGAUUCCCGUUUUUAUCUCUUCAUCAAUGAUAUCUAAACAUCGGCGUUUCGCCCGGUCGUGGACCAUUUUACUGUGAUAAUUACAUUAUCAGAGCCAUUUGAACAAUACUUGUAGAAUCUCAUCAUCUGCGCAGCUGGGAAAUGUAUUCAUUGUGUUUUAAAUGUCCCUUAUAAAGGAAAUAAUGUGCUUUCCCUAUUAUGAUCAUCAUUAUUGGAUAUAUGUAUAUAUAAAUGGAUCAAUUUUGUCCUUGCCAUUCAUUGUCCUCGUCUCCGUCCACCUUUGGAUUUCCACACCAUUUCUACUUACAUUUAUUUUUCGAAGUUUAAUACUAGAAUCUUAUUAAUUAUAAAAACGAUUUUCUCUUCCCCAAAGAUUUAUAAUAUAUAGAAUUAAAAGGAUAAGAAAUAUGUCGAAACUGUAAAAUACUUGUAAAAGAACUUAAUGACAUUUUCACUCAUUCAAUAUCAUCUAUUCUCUUGAAUUCGUGUAAAUAUUUAUUUAAUGACACUGCAAAUGGCAAAAAAAAAAAUAUUUUUUAAAUAGAAUUCACAGAAAUCGUCUAUUGUCAUUUAAUUCUUUCAAAAAAAGUAUUUAUUAGAUGGCUUUGCACUGUUGAAGAAAAAUAAUGAUAUUAAGAAAAAUAUCGUUUGUGCAACAUAGAAGAAUUUGUAGAUUUUAAUUGUUUAUUGUUGUCUAAUAACCUUAAUAUUUCUUUUUGAUUUCAGUCUAUAAAUUGUCAUACAAUGAUAAAGCAAUUUUACAAGUUGUUAUAGUCACGUAAUUAGCGUACUUGACAUGCUACGAUGUAAAAAAAAAUUUUUUAAAAAAGAGAGGAUCUUACGUUUGCAAGAUUAUCUCUUUUUUUCCUCUUUGUAGAAUGUUCAAAGAACUAAAAAAAAUGAUUAUCGAGAAAAAUUUGCCAUGUAUCAUUGGAGCUUAAUUAUAACUCCAUUAUAUUGUUUAAUAUAACUGUUCUAAAUUUCUUUUUUGGGGGGAAGGGGAGAUUUUAUUGAAAAAUAAUCAUGUAAGUAAAAUAUAAUAUUUUACUGCCAUCAUUUAUUUAUUAUUUUAUUAAUGUAAUACUAAACAUCGACAAUGAAUAUUAUCGGUGUUCAAUUAUCAAUAUAACUUGCACUUCUCUGAUAUAAUAUUUUAUCAAUUGUAUGACAUAUAUUAACAUUUUCAUAUUGCAUUUUCUGUGUGUUCUGAUGUGUAAAAUACAUUAAUAAUGUUUACCGAUUUCUCAUUUUAAAAUGGUUUUCUCCCUUACAACGUCCAAAGCUUGCUUCAUUGAAUUUCAAAUUGCGCAACAUAACAUUUAUUACGAAAGCUAAAUCUAUGAUUGAAUAAAAUGAUAUUAUUCUUUUGACAUUGUUUACCGCAGAAUUUAGAUACCUAAGAGCUUUCUAAUUAUCUGUAAUAGAUUAAUAGAAUCUGUUAAUUUCUUUCUUUCUAUCACUGAUUCUUUUCUUUCUGUUUUUCAAGUAUCUAUUCUCAAUCUCAUGCUUCAGUAUAUGGAUUACUUCCCUUUUAAAAGUACUUAGAAUUUUUUAAAAUUCAGUCUCUACAAAUUAAUAGCUUAUUUAUUUCUGGAGACUGAAUUUUUAAAAAAAUCCUAAGAUCCUUUAUAAAAUCCUUUUGGUACAUUUAUCAUUCAAUUUAUAGCAUUCUUUUUAAUAUUUAUUUGGCAAAAAAUAUCUUUAUGAUAGUCUAAUGGAGUCAAUUUAUGUAACAUGAUUAAAAAGAAAGUAUAUAUCAUUCGAAUAUGCAGCUAACUACAUGAUACAAGAUUCAUGUGUCUGCCAUUUAAUUUAUUAUUCGCUUCAGAAAACCAUGACUAUCACUUCUACUAUUCAAAGGAUUUACUCUUCACGAUUUCACUACUCAAAUGAAUAAUAAGCUGUGAACAAUAGCCUGCUUCUUAUAUGUCCAUUUAUAGAAAAAAAUAAUUUAUAAUUUUUUAAAAUAUACCAAAGAUAGAGCAAAUUAGUAAAUGAUAAUAAGAUGAAAUGAGACUUAAAAUCGAGAAGUUCUUUCAAAACCGACUGCAAGGUUCUCACAGAACAUAUAGAACAAAAAGCGAGUUAAGAAAAAUGUGUUGAAAAUUAAUAAUUGUUUAGAUUUUUGGCUGUUAUAUUGUAAAAGAAAAAAGAUAAUUGUAAAAGAAAAUGUAUAUUAGAUUUCCACUGUACAAUUUUUAGUUAUUAAAAACAUGGAUAAUGAAAACUUUAAGUUUUUUAAGCUCAUGUUAAACUUAAAAUUUAAAAAAAGUUUUUUUUCCAAACACAUUAAUGUAAAUACUUAUAAACCAAAUUCAUUAAAAUAAGAGAUUAAAUUAGCAAAAUUAUAAAUUCAAAAACCGCCAAUAAAAUUUUAAUUAGGGUUCAUCUGACAAUUUCAACCCAAAUCUAAACAGAAAACGUUUUUAAAUGAAUUACACAAAAUUUAAUAAAAAAACAGCAAAAACUUAAUUAAAUUUCGAUUAAACGAAAUAGAAUUACACUAUCGAAGAAAAAAAAUUAUUUCAAUAAACAAGAAUUGCUUUUAUAGCUAUGACCAACGAUUAUAUAAUAUGCAUUAGAUUUAGACUUUGGAUUACAGCUUGAGACUUUACAUAAAUCAUGUGAACAUGAAUUGAAUCCAUGAAUGUCAUUUUUUAAUCACUUUUAUAAUAAUCUUAUAUGUGAUAUUCUUAAGUUUCCACUUUCUUAUUUUAAAAUGAUUUUUGUAAAAGAAAAUGAAUUCGCAGACGAAUUCAAAGCUUCGAAGGAAAAAAAUACCCCAAAAUAAAUUUAUUAUUUGUGGUAUUUCUGAUUGAUCAUUCGUAUAAUUAUAUUCAUUAUUUAUAUUUAGAUUCAACUUUACUGUAUUUAAUCAUUUUAAAUUAUUUGUGUGCAUUAGUUCGUUUUUCUUUUGUGUUUUAUGUAUUGUUAGAACCUGUAAAAAUAACUUAUUUGUAAUUUUAAUCUUUUUUUUUUUAACUUUGA